AUGCAAACUAAGGCUCAGAGAGUAAAUUUUCUAGUGCGCCCUACGGCGCUUAACAAGAGAUUGGGGCUCAGAAACCUGAAACAAGCGCUCCCGUGGCCAGUGACGACGGGUGACUGCUGCCACCUCCGCUGGGGCUCCCUGUGUGACUGCCUGCGCCAGCCCAAUGCCUUCUCAAGCGUUGUGGAGGCCUACGGCGGCCUCGGACCGCCCCAGUAUGUGGACAGGACGAGGGAUGGUCGGCUCCUCUCCACCGUCAUCCGUGCCUUGGCACACACCGAGGUUGACGGUCCCUUCUGCCGGAUCUGCCACGAGGGAGCAAAUGGGGAGUGCUUGCUGUCCCCGUGUGGCUGCACCGGCACGCUGGGUGCCGUGCACAAGAGCUGUCUGGAGAAGUGGCUUUCCUCAUCUAACACCAGCUACUGUGAGCUGUGCCACACGGAGUUUGCAGUGGAGAAACGGCCUCGACCCCUCACAGAGUGGUUGUUGGCGAAGGACCCGGGCCGCGGACCGAGAGGGACGCUGUGCUGCGACAUAGUGUGUGUUUCUGUUCAUCCGCCGCUGGCCGCCAUCUCAGGCUGGUUGGCCGCGCGUGGGCCCGAGCGACACUUCCGGCUCCACAGCCAGCUGGGGGCCGUGGGGUCUUCUGCCCUCACCAUCGCUUUUCACCAUCUAUGUCCUCUUGGACGCUGGACUGCCCCGCAGGUCUCCUUCCGCUACCACUGCCAGCUGUACUCCGAGUGGAGAAAGACCAACCAGAAAGUUCGCCUGAAGAUCCGGGAAGCGGACAGCUCCGAGGGCCCCCAGCAUUCUCCGCUGGCGGCUGGACUCCUGAAGAAGGUGGCAGAGGAGACGCCAGUAUGAAUGCUGGGCUGUCCGGGCCCUGCAGCAGAGAGGCCAGAGGUAGCUGGCAAUACCCUGUCCUGUGGAAGGAUGGAAACUGCCUAACACUUCCCGCACGGCCUGAACGCUUCUUAGGCCAAGAGACACCAUGCGGAGCCUCGUCUGUGAUCCUGUGUGAAGAUAUUAUCAGGGUUUUGUUUUUGUUUUUUUUUUUGCACACUGUUGUUCAUAUCGAGGACAGGUGGACACGGUCCUGAGCUCUGGACGGAGCAGGCACGCUGAUCUCAUUCUGAGGUCCACAUGGCACCUUCUGGGCCAGCAGCUGUGGCCGGUGUAUCAAGGGCGCCCUUAAAGCUGGAACAUUCCAGCAAGCUUCUUGCGCUUCUCUGCACCUGGCAGGCCCACUUUCCUGGCACCCUCGACUUUAUAUAAAAGUUGCACUGUGUUUCAAAAACCCACCCCUGAAUGAAUAAAAGGAGCCCUGGCUGGACAAAA